GAGAGAGAGACUGACAGAGCGAGUGGGAGAGAGAGAGAGAGAGAGAGUGGCUGAGCAAGGAUUUACUGAGCAUCCGUUAGUGUACACAGGCCUGUUCUUCUGGAGCCCCCUCAGUUUCUGCUCUCAAGGACCAGAUUGUGACCAGGACAUUGAGCUAUCCAGCCAUGGAACACACUUUUCGAGCAGUCAACCAGGCUCCUGGGAUUAUAAUCUGGAGAAUAGAGAAAAUGGAGCUGGUAUUGGUCCCAGAGAAAUCCCAUGGCAAUUUCUAUGAGGGUGACUGUUACGUCCUGCUUCACACUAACAAGGUGGGCAGCUGCCUGUCCUACAACAUCCACUACUGGAUCGGCUCAGAGUCCAGCCAGGACGAGCAGGGGGCGGCCGCGGUUUACACCAUCCAACUGGACGACUUCCUGGGCACCAGCCCCAUCCAGCACCGAGAAGUCCAGGACCACGAGUCUGACACCUUCCGAGGCUACUUCAAACAGGGUAUCAUCUACAAGAAAGGUGGUGUGGCAUCGGGCAUGAGGCACACUGAGACCAACACAUACGAUAUUCAGAGACUCCUGCACGUCAAGGGCAAGAGAAGAGUCACAGCCAUGGAGGUGGAGAUGACGUGGCAGAGCUUCAACCUGGGAGAUGUCUUCCUGCUGGACAUUGGCAAAGUCAUCAUCCAAUGGAACGGCCCAGAGAGCAACAGACAGGAGCGUCUCAAGGGUAUGCAACUGGCCAAGGACAUCCGUGAUCGCGAGCGGGGGGGUCGGGCGGAGAUCGGGGUGAUCGAGGGUGACCAGGAGCGGGACAGUCCCCAGCUGAUGGAGGCGCUGAACAGCACCCUGGGAGAGCGGACGGCCACGCUGUCCAGCGCCGUCCCCGACGACACCCCUGACCAGGAGCAGAAGUCCCAGCUCACCCUCUACCAUGUUUCGGAUGCUGAAGGGGUCAUGAAGGUCACAGAGAUCGGGACUCGACCGCUAGUGCAGGAUUUACUCAAUCACGACGACUGCUACUUUUUGGACCAGGGUGGGCUGAAGGUGUACGUGUGGAAAGGCAAACGGGCCAACAAAGCAGAGAGGCAGGCCGCCAUGUCAAGAGCCCUGGAGUUCAUCAAGCUGAAGGGGUACUCCCACACCACCAACAUCGAGACGGUGAAUGACGGUGCGGAGUCGGCCCUUUUCAAGCAGCUGUUCCAGAGCUGGCGCAGCAAGGACCAGACAGUAGGCAUGGGCAAGACUCACUCGGUCGGCAGAGUGGCCAAAGUAAGCCAGGAGAAGUUUGAUGCCACCACCAUGCACGUCAUGCCAGAAGUUGCUGCCCAGGAGCGCAUGGUGGAUGACGGGUCUGGAACAGUGGAGAUCUGGCGUAUUGAGGAUCUGGAGCUUGUUAAGGUGGAGCCAGAGUGGCACGGCUACUUCUACGGCGGAGACUGCUACCUCAUCCUCUACACAUAUCAAGUGAACAGCAAGAAACUAUACAUCCUCUACAUAUGGCAGGGCAGGCAUGCCUCCCAGGAUGAGCUGGCGGCCAGUGCCUUCCAGGCAGUGAACCUGGACCAGGAGUACAAUGACGAGCCUGUGCAGGUCAGGGUGACCAUGGGCAAGGAGCCCAGGCACUUCAUGGCUAUGUUCAAGGGCAAGAUGGUCAUCUUUGAGGGGGGAACCUCCAGGAAAGGGAGCUCGGAACCGGAGCCCCCAGUCCGCCUCUUCCAGGUCAGCGGCAGCGACGAGUCAAAUACCAAGGCCAUCGAGGUCCAUGCCCUGGCUGGAUUUCUCAACUCCAACGACGUUUUCCUCCUGAAGAGCGAGAAUACCGUUUACCUGUGGUGUGGAAAGGGCUCGAGUGGCGACGAGAGGGCCAUGGCUAAGGAGAUCAGCAAGGUGAUUAGCCAGGGCCCCAUUGCCGAGGAGACUAUCGCAGAGGGCCAUGAACCCCUGGAGUUCUGGCAGCUGCUGGGUGGCAAGGCCCAGUAUGCCAAUGACAAGAGAUUGCAGGAAGCCACAACAGACCAUCAGCCACGCCUCUUUGAGUGCUCCAAUAAGACGGGACGAUUUAUCGUCACUGAGGUGACGCAGUUCACUCAAGAUGACCUCAGCAUAGAUGAUGUCAUGCUUUUGGACACAUGGGACCAGGUGUUCCUGUGGGUGGGGAAUGAGGCUAACGAGGUGGAGCGUAAGGAGUCUGUGGUGACCUGCCAGGAGUACCUGCGUACCCACCCGGGCUCCCGCGACCCAGACACCCCCAUCCUGCUGGUAAAGCAGGGCUUCGAACCCCCCACCUUCACCGGAUGGUUCAUGGCCUGGGACCCCACGAAAUGGAGCGGAGGGAAGACGUACGAGCAGCUGAAGAUGGAGCUGGGUGAGGUGACGUCUCUGACCAGGGUCACGCCUGUGAGGCCGGAAGAGAAUGGUGGUGCCACCGUUGCGAAGACCUACGAGACGCACCCUGCAGAAGAUCUCAUGGACAAGCAAGUGGAUGAGCUGCCAGAAGGAGUAGACCCCAGUGAAAAAGAGAAACACCUCUCCGACGGAGACUUCCAGAACAUAUUUGGGAUGUCUAAAGAUGAGUUUGUCUGUUUACCGCAGUGGAAACAGAUCAGCUUGAAGAAGGCCAAGAAGAUGUUUUAAAACAAUGAUGGAAUAUUGUCAUUUUAUCUUUUCUGUCACCAUCAUCACAAUUCAUUGUUAAAGUACAGUAAUUCAGGCUCAACUUAACUUGGGAUAAACUAUGAAACAUCAUGAAAUAUUUAAUAUUUAUGUUGCACUGUAUUCAUAUUUGCACCACAUAAUGGACUGUACAGUCAUGUUCCUAAUGAAUGCAUUUGGGGAAAAAAUAUUACAUAUACUGUACUGAACAUUUUACUGAAGAACAUAUCAAAACCCAUUACUGGCCAAUAAUGACAAUCUUGCAGGUUUUAUUUCAUGUGUUUCUUUCUCAUAUACAGAAUGAGCCAAAUGAUAGAAUGAUUUGUUGGUUGAUUUUUCCAUAUGCAUUGUCACCAUUCCUUGUUUGUCUACAGCCAUAAUAUAUUUGCCAAAUGCCACUCACCUACUUUUGAUGCAAAUGCAAUAAUGAUAACCCAAUAAAAACACAAAGACUUU